AUGAUCGUCUCCGGGCACUUCAAUGGAGCCUUGCGAUUCUGGGAUUUGCGGUCGGGCAAGGACAUCAAAGAGCUCUCCGGGGUGCACGGCAGUGGCGUUGCGAUCGCCUCGAUCGCGGCCGCAUCUUCGGACACAGGCGACGUCAUCAGCAUCGGGCGAAACAAUGCGGCAGCGAUCAUCGACGUGCGCACGUACGGCGUGCGGCUCCGCCUUCGAAGCGAUCAUCUGCGCCUCAGCUAUGGACCGGUUAGUGGCUGCUUCAGCCCGGACGGUCGCUACGUGGCGGUCGGUUCAUCUUCAGGGCAGACCGUGACGUGGCGAAGCAGCGACGGUGUAGUUGAGAAGGUGUUGCACGGCACCCAGGAUCUCAAUCACUCAAGCCAGGUGCAGUGCGUCGCGUGGGGGGCCGGUGGACACAUCGUGACCGGCGAAAAGAAUGGCCCCGCAAUCAUCUGGUCCUCUUGA